AUGGCCAUAGUGGGCUUUAUAAAAAGUAAAACUAUAGUGAUAGAAAAAAGUGGUUAUCAGGAGCUGGUGCUAGAGGAAGAAUUGACUACAAGAGAUUGUCCCUCAAAGGACAUGAAGGAAUUUUGGGGGGUGAUGGAACUGUUCUUUGUGUUGAUUGUAACAGUGGUUAAUUUAAAAAACAAGCUGAAGUUGGCCCUUAUUGGCCAGAGCCUCUUUGGACAGGAAGUCUACAGCCAGCUCUGCAAAGAGGGCCACCGAGUUGUAGGCGUGUUCACAGUGCCAGACAAGGAUGGAAAAGCUGACCCGCUGGCUCUAGCUGCAGAGAAAGACGGGACCCCUGUGUUCAAGUUCCCCAGAUGGAGAGUCAAGGGCAAGACCAUAAAGGAGGUGGCAGAGGCCUACGAAUCUGUGGGAGCUGAGCUAAACGUGCUUCCCUUCUGCACACAGUUUAUCCCCAUGGAUAUAAUUGACAGCCCAAAGCACGGCUCCAUCAUAUAUCACCCCUCGCUCCUUCCAAGUCACAGAGGAGCCUCUGCCAUCAACUGGACUCUAAUUAUGGGAGAUAAGAAAGCUGGGUUUUCUGUUUUCUGGGCUGAUGAUGGGUUAGACACGGGACCCAUCCUUCUUCAGAGGUCAUGUGACGUCGAACCCAAUGAUACAGUGGAUGCACUUUAUAAUCGGUUCCUUUUUCCUGAAGGAAUCAAGGCCAUGGUGGAAGCUGUCCAACUCAUAGCUGAUGGAAAAGCGCCUCGGAUUCCCCAGCCAGAAGAAGGGGCAACAUAUGAAGGUAUCCAGAAAAAGGAAAAUGCUGAGAUUUCUUGGGAUCAGUCGGCCGAAGUUUUACAUAACUGGAUCAGAGGUCAUGAUAAAGUCCCUGGAGCUUGGACAGAGAUAAAUGGACAGAUGGUCACGUUCUACAGCUCAUCAUUACUGAAAAACUCUGUGCCUCCUGGAGUGCCACUGGAAAUUAAAGGUGCCAAGAAGCCUGGUCUUGUUACCAAAAAUGGACUUGUUCUUUUUGGUAAUGAUGGAAAAGCACUGAUGGUGAGAAAUAUGCAGUUUGAAGAUGGAAGAAUGAUCCCUGCUUCUCAGUACUUUUCAGCCGGGGAGACAUCGGUGGUAGAACUUACAGCCGAGGAGGUGAAGGUGGCAGGGACCAUCAAGGUCAUCUGGGCUGGAAUUUUAAGCAAUGUUCCUGUUAUUGAAGACUCCACAGACUUCUUUAAAUCUGGAGCCAGCUCAAUGGAUGUUGUCCGGCUGGUUGAAGAGAUCAGACAGAAGUGUGGUGGGCUUCAGCUACAGAAUGAAGACGUCUACAUGGCCACCAAGUUUGAAGACUUCAUCCAAAAAGUUGUGAGGAAACUGAGAGGAGAAGAUCAAGAAGCGGAGCUAGUCGUGGAUUAUGUUUCGAAGGAGGUCAAUGAAAUGACAGUGAAAAUGCCAUAUCAGUGUUUCAUAAAUGGACAGUUCACAGAUGCUGACGAUGGAAAGACCUAUGAAACUAUCAACCCAACAGAUGGAUCUACGAUAUGCAAAGUAUCCUAUGCUUCUUUGGUGGAUGUUGAUAAAGCAGUAGCUGCAGCAAAAGAUGCCUUUGAAAAAGGUGAAUGGGGAAGAAUGAAUGCAAGAGAAAGAGGAAGAUUGAUGUACAGACUUGCAGACCUACUGGAAGAGAACCAAGAAGAGUUGGCAACUAUUGAAGCCCUUGAUUCGGGUGCUGUCUACACCCUAGCUCUGAAGACUCACAUCGGAAUGUCUGUGCAAACAUUCAGAUACUUUGCUGGCUGGUGUGACAAAAUUCAGGGUUCUACCAUUCCAAUCAACCAGGCCCGUCCAAAUCGCAAUCUGACCUUCACCAAGAAGGAGCCACUUGGUGUCUGCGCCAUUAUCAUCCCCUGGAAUUACCCACUGAUGAUGCUGGCAUGGAAGAGCGCCGCGUGCUUGGCGGCAGGCAAUACCCUAGUCCUCAAGCCAGCGCAGGUCACACCCUUGACUGCUUUGAAGUUUGCUGAGCUCUCUAUGAAAGCAGGCUUUCCAAAGGGGGUCAUCAACAUCAUUCCAGGCUCAGGUGGCCUAGCAGGGCAACGCCUUUCUGAACAUCCUGAUAUCCGCAAACUUGGUUUCACUGGGUCCACUGCUAUUGGCAAACAGAUCAUGAAGAGCUGUGCUGUGAGCAACUUGAAGAAAGUUUCCCUUGAACUUGGUGGCAAAUCCCCACUUAUAAUAUUCAAUGACUGUGAGCUUGACAAGGCCGUGAGAAUGGGCAUGGGGGCAGUAUUUUUCAACAAAGGAGAGAAUUGCAUUGCAGCUGGACGGUUGUUUGUAGAAGAAUCCAUCCAUGAUGAAUUUGUGACAAGAGUGGUGGAAGAAAUUAAAAAGAUGAAAAUUGGUGAUCCGCUUGACAGAUCUACCGAUCAUGGGCCCCAAAAUCAUCAGGCCCAUCUGGAAAAGCUUCUGCAAUACUGUGAAGCUGGAGUUAAAGAGGGGGCCACCUUGGUGUAUGGGGGAAGACAAGUGCACAGGCCAGGCUUUUUUAUGGAACCAACUGUUUUCACAGAUGUGGAAGACCACAUGUAUCUUGCCAAAGAGGAAUCAUUUGGUCCUAUUAUGGUCAUUUCUAAGUUCCAAAACGGGGACAUCGAUGGAGUGUUGCAGCGAGCAAAUAAUACAGAGUACGGUCUGGCCUCGGGGGUUUUUACAAGAGACAUAAGUAAAGCCAUGUAUGUGAGUGAAAAACUAGAAGCAGGAACUGUUUUUGUUAACACGUACAACAAGACGGAUGUGGCAGCCCCUUUCGGGGGAGUGAAACAGUCUGGCUUUGGGAAAGAUUUAGGGGAGGAAGCUCUAAACGAGUACCUCAAAACCAAGACGGUGACGCUGGAAUACUAG